GAAGAUGCGGGAGGGGGCGGCAAAGUUAAUCCAUUCUUGAAUCUGGUUCCAAAGCAGGCUGGAGUUGGGGGCUUCUGGAAGGUAGAGAAGGAACCAGGAGAUGGCUAGAGCAGGCACAGAGAGGGAGGACAGGGACAUCUGGGCCUGGAUCAUCCAGGUACACUGAAAGAAGCCAGUGAGGAAGCCAGCCCAUGGCUGGGGAUCGGGGCCCAGGAAUGGACAAGGCUGGGACUAUGAUCUUGUGGAGGAGGAAGGUCAUAUUUGCACGUGUGGGAAGUUGGGUUCUUGUCCUGGAAGAAUGAAAUCCCCCACUUGGGCUUUCUGGAGAUAAGCCUUUAAGAGGGCAUGGGGGAGAUUUCCUCUGUAGUUGUACGGGUAGUGCCAGCACCAGGAAUUGAGAGGCACUGGUUUCUUGUGUGUGUCCAGGUGGGCACAGGAACCUUAUCACAGAAAAAGCUACCUGGUGGCUAAGGGCAAGUCAGAUAGUCUGGCCAGCCCUGGCUCUCCUGCAGCUGCUGAGAUUAGAACCUCAGCUUCCCUGACCAUAGAAUGGGGGGACAUGCAGUCUUUAAGAACUGUGAAAGGCUGUGAGUCUGAGUGGCACCAAGGCAGCACUGGAGUUGUUGGGGCGGGAACAGCCCUGUUCCUCUGUCUUGGGGAAAGCAGAAAUCUGAUGCAUAUCUCCGGAGGCAGGAGAGCCAAAGUGGAACGCUGAGCAGAGCCACUGGGCUAGAGUUCAGUUCUCAGAGUGGGUGCAGUGCCAUUUGUCACAGCAUGGGGAGCAGUGAGGCAGUGCAAAGGUUUGCCAAGGGCUCAGAAAGACUGCCUCUGUGCCCAGCCUCAAUCUGGAGCUGGUGCCUGGACUCAGGGCAGAAGAGAAGGUGGAGGAACAGGCUAGGAGGGUUUCGGGAGUUUUCCACCAUGACUAUUGCCCUGCUGGGUUUUGCCAUAUUCUUGUUCCAUUGUGCAACCUGUGAGAAGCCUCUAGACGGGAUUCUCUCCUCCUCUGCUUGGCACUUCACACACUCCCAUUACAAUGCCACCAUCUAUGAAAACUCUUCUCCCAAGACCUAUGUGGAGAGCUUGGAGAAAAUGGGCAUCUACCUCGCAGAGCCACAGUGGGCAGUGAGGUACCGGAUCAUCUCUGGGGAUGUGGCCAAUGUAUUUAAAACUGAGGAGUAUGUGGUGGGCAACUUCUGCUUCCUGAGAAUAAGGACAAAGAGCAGCAACACAGCUCUUCUGAACAGAGAAGUGCGAGACAGCUACACCCUCAUCAUCCAAGCCACAGAGAAGACCUUGGAGUUGGAAGCUUUGACCCGCGUGGUGGUCCACAUCCUGGACCAGAACGACCUGAAGCCACUCUUCUCCCCACCUUCGUACAGAGUCACCAUCUCUGAGGACACGCCCCUGAAGAGCCCCAUCUGCAAGGUGACUGCCACAGAUGCUGAUCUAGGCCAGAAUGCUGAGUUCUAUUAUAACUUUAACACGAGGUCAGAGAUGUUUGCCAUCCACCCCACCAGUGGCGUGGUCACUGUGGCUGGGAAGCUUAACGUCACCUGGCGAGGGAAGCACGAGCUCCAGGUGCUGGCUGUGGACCGCAUGCGGAAAAUCUCUGAGGGCAACGGGUUUGGCAGCCUGGCUGCACUCGUCGUUCAUGUGGAGCCUGCCCUCAGGAAGCCCCCAGCCAUUGCUUCGGUGGUGGUGGCUCCACCAGAUAGCAAUGAUGAUACCACCUAUGCCACUGUACUGGUCGAUGCAAACAGCUCAGGAGCUGAAGUGGAGUCAGUGGAAGUUGUUGGUGGUGACCCUGGGAAGCACUUCAAAGCCAUCAAGUCUUACGCCCGGAGCAAUGAGUUCAGUUUGGUGUCUGUCAAAGACAUCAACUGGAUGGAAUACCUUCACGGGUUUAACCUCAGUCUCCAGGCCAGGAGUGGGAGUGGCCCUUAUUUUUAUUCCCAGAUCAGGGGCUUUCACCUACCACCUUCCAAACUGGCUUCCCUCAAAUUCGAGAAGGCUGUUUACAGAGUGCAGCUUAGUGAAUUUUCCCCUCCCGGCAGCCGUGUGGUGAUGGUGAGAGUCACUCCAGCCUUCCCCAACCUGCAGUAUGUCCUAAAGCCAUCUUCAGAGAAUUUAGGAUUUAAACUUAAUGCUCGAACAGGGUUGAUCACCACCACGAAGCUCAUGGACUUCCACGACAGAGCCCACUAUCAGCUACACAUCAGAACCUCACCAGGCCAGGCCUCCACCGUGGUGGUCAUUGACAUUGUGGACUGCAACAACCAUGCCCCCGUCUUCAACAGGUCUUCCUAUGAUGGCACCUUGGAUGAGAACAUCCCUCCAGGCACCAGUGUGUUGGCUGUGACUGCCACUGACCAGGAUCAUAGGGAGAACGGCUAUGUCACCUAUUCCAUUGCGGGACCAAAAGCUUUGCCAUUUUCUAUCGACCCUUAUCUGGGGAUCAUCUCCACCUCCAAACCCAUGGACUAUGAACUCAUGAAAAGAAUUUAUACCUUCCGGGUACGAGCAUCAGACUGGGGAUCCCCUUUUCGCCGGGAGAAAGAAGUGUCCAUUUUUCUUCAGCUCAGGAACUUGAAUGACAACCAGCCUAUGUUUGAAGAGGUCAACUGCACUGGGUCUAUCUGCCAAGACUGGCCAGUAGGGAAAUCAAUAAUGACUAUGUCGGCCAUAGAUGUGGAUGAGCUUCAGAACCUAAAAUAUGAGAUUGUAUCAGGCAAUGAACUAGAGUAUUUUGAUCUAAAUCAUUUCUCCGGAGUGAUAUCCCUCAAACGCUCUUUUAUGAAUCUUACUGCUGGUCAACCCGCCAGCUAUUCCCUGCAAAUUACAGCCUCAGAUGGCAAACACUAUGCCUCACCCACAACGUUGAAUAUUACUGUGGUGAAGGACCCUCAUUUUGAAGUUCCUAUAACAUGUGAUAAAACAGGGGUAUUGACACAAUUCACAAAGACUAUCCUCCACUCUAUUGGGCUUCAGAACCAGGAGUCCGGUGAUGAGGAAUUCACUUCUUUAAGCACAUAUCAGAUUAAUCAUUACACCCCCCAGUUUGAAGACCACUUCCCCCAAUCCAUUGAUGUCCUUGAGAGUGUUCCUGUCAACACCUCCUUGGCCCGCCUAGCAGCCACUGACCCUGAUGCUGAUUUUAAUGGCAAACUGGUCUAUGUGAUUGCAGAUGGCAAUGAGGAGGGCUGCUUUGACAUAGAGCUGGAGACAGGGCUACUCACUAUAGCUGCUCCCUUGGACUACGAAACCACCAAUUUCUAUAUUCUCAAUGUAACAGUAUAUGACCUGGGCACUCCCCAGAAGUCCUCCUGGAAGCUGCUGACAGUGAAUGUGAAAGACUGGAAUGACAACGCACCCAGAUUUCCUCCUGGUGGGUACCAGUUAAGCAUCUCGGAAGACACAGAAGUUGGAACCACAAUUGCAGAGCUGACAACCAAAGAUGCUGACUCAGAAGACAAUGGGAGGGUUCGCUACGCCCUGCUAAGCCCCACAGAGAAGUUCUCCCUCCACCCUCUCACUGGGGAACUGGUCGUUACAGGACACCUGGACCGCGAAUCAGAACCUCAGUACAUACUCAAAGUGGAGGCCAGGGAUCAGCCCAGAAAAGGCCACCAGCUCUUCUCUGUCACUGACCUGAUAGUCACAUUGGAGGAUGUCAAUGACAACUCUCCCCAGUGCAUCACAGAACUCAAAAGGCUGAAGGUCCCAGAGGACCUGCCCCCUGGGACUGUCUUGACAUUUCUGGAUGCCUCUGAUCCUGACCUGGGCCCUGCAGGUGAAGUGAGAUAUGUUCUGAUGGAUGAUGCCCAUGGGACCUUCCGGGUGGACCUGACAACAGGGGCGCUCAGUCUGGAGAGAGAGCUGGACUUUGAGAGACGAGCUGGGUACAAUCUGAGCCUGUGGGCCAGUGAUAGUGGGAGGCCCCUGGCCCGCAGGACCCUCUGCCAUGUGGAGGUGAUCGUUCUGGAUGUGAAUGAGAAUCUCUACCCUCCCCACUUUGCCUCCUUCGUGCACCAGGGCCAGGUGCAGGAGAACAGCCCCUCGGGAACUCAGGUGAUGGUAGUGGCUGCCCACGACGAUGACAGUGGCUUGGAUGGGGAGCUCCAGUACUUCCUGCGUGCUGGCACUGGGCUAGCAGCCUUCAGCAUCAACCAAGACACAGGAAUGAUUCAGACUCUGGCACCCCUGGACCGAGAAUUUGCGCCUUACUACUGGUUGACGGUACUAGCAGUGGACAGGGGUUCUGUGCCCCUCUCUUCUGUAACUGAAGUUUACAUUGAGGUUACGGAUGCCAAUGACAACCCACCCCAGAUGUCCCGAGCUGUGUUUUACCCCUCCAUCCAGGAGGAUGCUCCCGUGGGCACCUCUGUGCUUCAACUGGAUGCCUCGGACCCAGACUCUAGCUCCAAAGGGAAACUGUCUUUCAACAUUACCAGCGGGAACCACAUGGGAUUCUUUAAUAUUCACCCUGUUACAGGUCUCCUAUCUACAGCCCGGCAGCUGGACAGAGAGAACAAGGAUGAACACAUCCUGGAGGUGACUGUGCUGGACAACGGGGAGCCUCCACUAAAGUCCACCUCCAGGGUGGUGGUAGGCAUCUUGGACGUCAAUGACAAUCCACCUGUAUUCUCCCACAAGCUCUUCAAUGUCCGCCUUCCAGAGAGGCUGAGCCCAGUGUCCCCUGGGCCUGUGUACAGGCUGGUGGCUUCAGACCUGGACGAGGGUCUUAAUGGCAGAGUCACCUACAGUAUCGAGGAAAGCGAUGAGGAGGGCUUCAGUAUCGAUCCUGUUACAGGUGUGGUGUCAUCCAGCAGCAUUUUUACAGCUGGAGAGUACAACAUCCUAACGAUCAAGGCAACAGACAAUGGGCAGCCACCACUCUCAGCCAGUGUCCGGCUACACAUUGAGUGGAUCCCUCGGCCUCGGCCGUCCUCCAUUCCCCUGGCCUUUGAUGAGACCCACUACAGCUUUACGGUCAUGGAGACGGACCCUGUGAACCACAUGGUGGGGGUCAUCAGUGUAGAGGGCAGACCUGGCCUCUUCUGGUUCAACAUCUCAGGUGGGGAUAAGGACAUGGACUUUGACAUUGAGAAGACCACAGGCAGCAUCAUCAUUGCCAGGCCUCUUGAUACCAGGAGGAGGUCGAGCUAUAACUUGACUGUCGCGGUGACAGAUGGGUCCCGCACCAUUGCCACCCAGGUCCAUGUCUUCAUGAUUGCCAACAUUAACCACCAUCGACCCCAGUUUCUGGAAACUCAUUAUGAAGUCAGAGUUCCUCAGGACACCCUGCCCGGGGUGGAGCUCCUCCGAGUUCAGGCCAUAGAUCAAGACAAGGGCAAAGGCCUCAUCUAUACCAUACAUGGCAGCCAAGACCCAGGAAGUGCCAGUCUCUUCCAGCUGGACCCCAGCAGUGGUGUUCUGGUAACAGUGGGGAAAUUGGACCUGGGCUCAGGGCCCUCCCAGCACACACUGACAGUCAUGGUCCGAGACCAGGAAAUACCCAUUAAGAGGAACUUUGUAUGGGUGACCAUUCAUGUGGAGAAUGGAAACCUCCACCCACCCCGCUUCACCCAGCUCCAUUAUGAGGCAAGUAUUCCUGACACCACAGCCCCCGGCACAGAGCUGCUGCAGGUCCGAGCCAUGGAUGCUGACCAGGGAGCCAAUGCUGAGGUCCGCUACAGCCUCCUGAAAGGGAAUGGUGAAGCUUUCUUCAACAUCAAUGCCCUGCUAGGCAUCAUUACUAUAGCUCAAAAACUUGAUUGGGCAAAUCAUGCCCCGCAUACCCUGACAGUGAAGGCAGAAGAUCAAGGCUCCCCACAAUGGCAUGACCUGGCUACAGUGAUCAUUCAUGUCUACCCCUCAGAUAGGAGCGCCCCUAUCUUUUCAAACACCGAGUACUUUGUAGAGAUCCCCGAAUCAAUCCCUGUUGGUUCCCCAAUCCUCCUUGUCUCUGCUAUGAGCUCCUCUGAAGUUACCUAUGAGUUAAGAGAGGGAAACAAGGAUGGUGUCUUCUCUAUGAACUCAUAUUCUGGCCUCAUUUCCACCCAGAAGAACCUGGACCAUGAGAAAAUCUCAUCUUACCAGCUGAAAAUCCGAGGCAGCAAUAUGGCAGGUGCAUUUACUGAUGUCAUAGUGGUAGUUGACAUAAUUGAUGAAAAUGACAAUGCUCCUAUGUUCUUAAAGUCAACUUUUGUGGGCCAAAUUAGUGAAGCAGCUCCAUUGUACAGCAUGAUCAUGGAUAAAAACAACCACCCCUUUGUGAUUCAUGCCUCUGACAGUGACAAAGAAGCUAAUUCCUUGUUGGUGUAUAAAAUUUUGGAGCCAGAGGCCUUGAAGUUUUUCAAAAUUGAUCCCAGCAUGGGAACCCUAACCAUUGUAUCAGAGAUGGAUUAUGAGAGCAGGCCCUCUUUCAAAUUCUGUGUCUAUGUCCAUGACCAGGGAAGCCCCAUAUUAUUUGCACCCAGACCUGCCCAAGUCAUCAUUAAUGUCAGAGAUGUGAAUGACUCUCCUCCCAGAUUCUCAGAACAGAUAUAUGAGGUAGCAAUAGUGGGGCCUAUCCAUCCAGGCAUGGAGCUUCUCAUGGUGCGGGCCAGCGAUGAUGACUCUGAAGUCAACUAUAGCAUCAAAACUGGCAAUGCUGAUGAAGCUGUUACCAUCCAUCCUGUGACUGGCCGCAUAUCUGUGCUGAAUCCUGCUUUCAUGGGACUCUCUCGGAAGCUCACCAUCAGGGCUUCUGAUGGCUUGUAUCAAGACACUGCCCUGGUAAAAAUUUAUUUGACCCAAGUCCUUGACAAAAGCUUGCAGUUUGAUCAGGAUGUCUAUAGCGCAACUGUGAAGGAGAACUUGCAGGACAGAAAGGCACUGGUGAUUCUUGGUACCCAGGGCAAUUAUUUGAAUGACACCCUUUCCUACUUCCUCUUGAAUGGCACAGAUAUGUUUCAUAUGGUCCAGUCAGCAGGUGUGUUGGAGACAAGAGGUGUGGUGUUUGACCGGGAGCAGCAGGACACUCACGAGCUGGCAGUGGAAGUGAGGGACAAUCGGACCCCUCAACGGGUAGCUCAGGCUUUGGUACGAGUCUCUAUUGAGGAUGUCAAUGAUAAUCCCCCCAAAUUUAAGCAUCUGCCCUAUUACACAAUCAUCCAAGAUGGCACAGAGCCAGGGGAUGUCCUCUUUCAGGUAUCUGCCACUGAUGAGGACUUGGGGACAAACGGGGCUGUUACAUAUACAUUUGCAGAAGAUUAUACAUAUUUCCGAAUUGACCCCUAUCUUGGGGACAUAUCACUCAGGAAACCCUUUGAUUAUCAAGCUUUAAAUAAGUAUCGCCUCAAAGUCAUUGCUCGGGAUGGAGGAACACCAUCCCUCCAGAGUGAGGAAGAGGUACUUGUCACAGUGAGAAAUAAAUCCAACCCACUGUUUCAGAGUCCUUACUACAAAGUCAGAGUACCUGAAAAUAUCACCCUCUAUACCCCAAUUCUCCACACCCAGGCCCGAAGUCCUGAGGGACUCCGGCUCAUCUACAACAUUGUGGAGGAAGAACCUUUGAUGCUGUUCACCACUGACUUUAAGACCGGUGUCCUAACAGUAACAGGGCCUUUAGACUAUGAGUCUAAGACCAAACAUGUGUUCACAGUCAGAGCCACAGAUACAGCUCUGGGUUCAUUUUCUGAAGCCACAGUGGAAGUCCUGGUGGAGGACGUCAAUGAUAACCCUCCCACUUUUUCCCAAUUGGUCUAUACCACUUCUAUCUCAGAAGGCUUGCCUGCUCAGACCCCUGUGAUCCAACUGUUGGCUUCUGACCAGGACUCAGGGAGGAACCGUGACGUCUCUUAUCAGAUCGUGGAGGAUGGCUCAGAUGUUUCCAAGUUCUUCCAGAUCAAUGGGAGCACGGGGGAGAUGUCCACAGUUCAAGAACUGGAUUAUGAAGCCCAACAACGCUUUCAUGUGAAAGUCAGGGCCAUGGAUAAAGGAGAUCCUCCACUCACUGGUGAAACCCUUGUGGUUGUCAAUGUAUCUGAUAUCAAUGAUAAUCCCCCAGAGUUCAGACAACCUCAAUAUGAAGCCAAUGUCAGUGAGCUGGCAACCUGUGGACACCUGGUUCUUAAAGUCCAGGCUAUUGACCCUGACAGCAGGGAUACAUCCCGCCUGGAGUACCUGAUUCUUUCUGGCAAUCAGGACAGGCACUUCUCCAUUAACAGCUCGUCAGGAAUAAUUUCUAUGUUCAACCUUUGCAAAAAGCACCUGGAUUCUUCUUACAAUUUAAGGGUAGGUGCUUCUGAUGGGGUCUUCCGAGCAACUGUGCCUGUUUACAUCAACACUACAAAUGCCAACAAGUACAGCCCAGAGUUCCAGCAGCACCUUUAUGAGGCAGAAUUAGCAGAGAAUGCAAUGGUUGGAACCAAGGUGAUUGAUUUGCUAGCCAUAGACAAAGAUAGUGGUCCCUAUGGUACUAUAGAUUAUACUAUCAUCAAUAAACUAGCAAGUGAGAAGUUCUCCAUAAGCCCCAAUGGCCAGAUUGCCACUCUGCAGAAACUGGAUCGGGAAAAUUCAACAGAGAGAGUCAUUGCUAUUAAGGUCAUGGCUCAAGAUGGAGGAGGAAGAGUGGCCUUCUGCACGGUGAAGAUCAUCCUCACAGAUGAAAAUGACAACCCCCCACAGUUCAAAGCAUCUGCAUACACGGUAUCCAUUCAAUCCAAUGUCAGCAAAGACUCCCCGGUUAUCCAGGUGCUGGCCUACGAUGCAGAUGAAGGUCAGAACGCGGAUGUCACCUACUCAGUGAACCCAGAGGACCUAGUUAAAGAUGUCAUUGAAAUUAACCCAGUCACUGGUGUGGUCAAGGUGAAAGACAGCCUGGUGGGAUUGGAAAAUCGGAGCAUCGACUUCAUAAUCAAAGCCCAGGAUGGAGGCCCUCCUCACUGGAACUCUCAGGUGCCCGUAAGACUUCAGGUGGUUCCUAAAAAAGUAUCCUUGCCAAAGUUUUCUGAACCUCUGUAUACUUUCCCUGCAUCUGAAGACCUUCCAGAAGGGUCUGAAAUUGGGGUUGUUAAAGCAGUGGCAGCUCAUGAUCCAGUCAUCUACAGUCUAGUGCGGGGUACCACACCUGAGAGCAACAAGGAUGGUGUCUUCUCCUUGGACCCAGACACAGGGGUCAUAAAGGUGAGGAAGACCAUGGACCAUGAAUCCACCAAAUUGUACCAGAUUGAUGUGAUGGCACAUUGCCUUCAGAACACUGACGUGGUGUCCUUGGUCUCUGUCAACAUCCAAGUGAUAGACGUCAAUGACAAUAGGCCUGUAUUCGAGGCUGAUCCAUAUAAGGCUGUCCUCACUGAGAAUAUGCCAGUGGGGACCUCAGUCAUUCAAGUGACUGCCAUUGACAAGGACACUGGGAGAGAUGGCCAGGUAAGCUACAGGCUGUCUGCAGACCCCGGUAGCAAUGUCCAUGAGCUCUUUGCCAUUGAUAGUGAGAGUGGUUGGAUCACCACACUCCAGGAACUUGACUGUGAGACCUGCCAGACUUAUAAUUUUCAUGUGGUGGCCUAUGACCAUGGACAGACCAUUCAGCUAUCCUCUCAGGCCCUGGUUCAGGUCUCCAUUACCGACGAGAAUGACAAUGCUCCCCGGUUUGCUUCUGAAGAGUACAGAGGAUCCGUGAUUGAGAACAGUGAGCCCGGUGAACUGGUGGCCACUCUAAAGACCCUGGAUGCUGACAUCUCUGAGCAGAACAGGCAAGUCACCUGCUACAUCACAGAGGGAGACCCCCUGGGCCAGUUUGGCAUCAGUCAAGUUGGAGAUGAGUGGAGGAUUUCCUCAAGGAAGACCCUGGACCGCGAGCACAUGGCCAAGUACUUGCUCAGAGUCACAGCAUCUGAUGGCAAGUUCCAGGCUUCGGUCACCGUUGAGAUCUUUGUCCUGGACGUCAAUGAUAACAGCCCACAGUGCUCACAGCUUCUCUAUACUGGCAAGGUUCAUGAAGAUGUAUUUCCAGGACACUUCAUUUUGAAGGUUUCUGCCACAGACUUGGAUGCUGAUACCAAUGCUCAGAUCACAUAUUCUCUGCAUGGCCCUGGGGCGCAUGAAUUCAAGCUGGAUCCUCAUACAGGGGAGCUGACCACACUCACACCCCUAGACCGAGAAAAGAAGGAGGUGUUCAAUCUUGUUGCCAAGGCGACGGAUGGAGGUGGCCGAUCGUGCCAGGCAGACGUGACCCUCCACGUGGAGGAUGUGAAUGACAAUGCACCACGCUUCUUCCCCAGCCACUGUGCUGUGGCUGUCUUCGACAACACCACAGUUAAGACUCCUGUGGCUGUAGUAUUUGCCCGGGAUCCUGAUCAAGGCCCCAAUGCCCAGGUGGUUUACUCUCUGCCGGAUUCCGCCGAAGGCCACUUUUCCAUCGACGCCACCACGGGCGUGAUCCGCCUGGAAAAGCCGCUGCAGGUCAGGCCCCAAGCACCACUGGAGCUCACUGUCCGUGCCUCCGACCUGGGCACCCCAAUACCGCUGUCCACGCUGAGCACCGUCACGGUCUCGGUGGUGGGCCUAGAAGACUACCUGCCCGUGUUCCUGAACACCGAGCACAGCGUGCAGGUGCCCGAGGACGCCCCGCCUGGCACAGAGGUGCUGCAGCUGGCCACCCUCACUCGCCCGGGCGCUGAGAAGACCGGCUACCGCGUGGUCAGCGGGAACGAGCAGGGCAGGUUCCGCCUGGAUGCUCGCACAGGGAUCCUGUAUGUCAAUGCGAGCCUGGACUUUGAGACAAGCCCCAAGUACUUUCUGUCCAUUGAGUGCACCCGGAAGAGCUCCUCCUCCCUCAGUGACAUAACCACAGUGGUGGUCAACAUCACUGAUGUCAACGAACACCGGCCCCGAUUCCCCCAAGAUCCAUAUAGCACAAGGGUCUUAGAGAAUGCCCUUGUGGGUGACGUCAUCCUCACGGUAUCAGCGACUGAUGAAGAUGGACCCCUAAAUAGUGACAUUACCUAUAGCCUGGUAGGAGGGAAUCAGCUUGGGCACUUCGCCAUUCACCCCAAGAAGGGGGAGCUACAGGUGGCCAAGGCUCUGGACUGGGAACAGGCCUCUAGCUAUUCCCUGAAGCUCCGAGCCACAGACAGCGGGCAGCCUCCACUGCAUGAGGACACAGACAUCACUAUCCAAGUGGCUGAUGUCAAUGAUAACCCACCAAGAUUCUUCCAGCUCAACUAUAGCACCACUGUCCAGGAGAACUCCCCCAUCGGCAGCAAAGUCCUGCAGCUGAUCCUGAGUGACCCGGACUCUCCAGAGAAUGGCCCCCCCUACUCGUUCCAAAUCACCAAGGGGAACAAUGGCUCUGCCUUCCGAGUGACCCCAGAUGGAUGGCUGGUGACUGCUGAGGGCCUAAGCAGGAGGGCCCAGGAGUGGUAUCAGCUUCAAAUCCAGGCAUCAGACAGUGGCAACCCUUCCCUCUCGUCUUCCACGUCUGUCCGUGUACAUGUCACAGAGAAGAGCCACUACGCACCCUCUGCUCUCCCACUGGAGAUCUUCAUCACUGUCGGGGAGGAGGAGUUUCAGGGUGGCAUGGUGGGUAAGAUCCAUGCCACAGACCGGGACCCCCAGGACAUGCUGACCUACAGCCUGGCAGAAGAGGAGACCCUGGGCAAGUACUUCUCGGUGGGUGCGCCCGAUGGCAAGAUUAUCGCCGCCCAGAGCCUGCCUCGUGGCCACUACUCUUUCAACGUCACGGUCAGCGAUGGGACCUUCACCACGACUGCUGGGGUCCACGUGUAUGUGUGGCAUGUGGGAAGGGAGGCUCUGCAGCAGGCCGUGUGGAUGGGCUUCUACCAGCUCACCCCCGAGGAGCUGGUGAGUGACCACUGGCGGAACCUGCAGAGGUUCCUCAGCCACAAGCUGGACAUCAAACGGGCUAACAUUCACUUGGCCAGCCUUCAGCCUGCAGAGGCCGUGGCUGGUGUGGACGUGCUCCUGAUCUUUGAGGGGCAUUCCGGAACCUUCUAUGAGCUCCAGGAGCUGGCAUCCAUCAUCAUUCACUCAGCCAAGGAGAUGGAGCAUUCAGUGGGGGUUCAGAUGCGGUCAGCUAUGCCCGUGGUGCCCUGCCAGGGGCCAACCUGCCAGGGUCAAAUCUGCCAUGACACAGUGCACAUGGACCCCAAGGUUGGGCCCACGUACAGCACCGCGAGGCUCAGUAUCCUGACCCCACGGCACCGCCUGCAGAGGAGCUGCUCCUGCAAUGGUACAGCUGCAAGGUUCAGUGGUCAGAGCUACGUGCGGUACAGGCCCCCAGUGGCUCAGAACUGGCACAUCAGUUUCUACCUGAAAACACUCCAGCCACAGGCCACUCUCCUAUUCACCAAUGAAACAGCGUCCAUCUCCCUGAAGCUGGCCAGUGGGGUGCUCCGGCUGGAAUACCACUGCCUGGGUGGUUUCUAUGGAAAUCUUUCCUCCCAGCGCCAUGUGAAUGACCACGAGUGGCACUCCAUCCUGGUGGAGGAGAAGGACACUUCCAUUCGCCUGACGGUUGACAGCAUGGGCAACACCUCCCUUGUGGUCCCAGAGAACUGCCAUGGUCUGAGGCCCGAAAGACACCUCUUGCUGGGUGGCCUCGUCCUGUCGCAUUCUUCCUUUAAUGUCUCCCAGGGCUUUGAAGGCUGCCUGGAUGCUGUCGUGGUCAAUGAAGAGGCUCUAGAACUGCUGGUCCCUGACAAGACGGUUGCAGGCUUGCUGGAGACACAAGCCCUCACCCAGUGCUGCCCCCACAGCAACUACUGCAGCCAGAACCCGUGCCUCAAUGGCGGGAAGUGCUCAUGGACCCACGGGGCAGGCUAUGUCUGUGAGUGUCCACCGCAGUUCUCUGGGAAGCACUGUGAACAAGGAAGGGAGAAUUGUACUUUUGCACCCUGCCUGGAAGGUGGCACUUGCAUCCCCUCCCCCAAAGGAGCUUCCUGUAACUGCCCUCAUCCUUACACCGGAGACAGGUGCGAAAUGGAGGCGAGGGGUUGCUCAGAAGGACACUGCCUAGUCACUCCUGAGAUCAAAAGGGGGGACUGGGGGCAGCAGGAGUUACUGAUCAUCGUAGUGACCAUAGUGUUCAUUAUCAUAAGCACUGUCGGGCUUCUCUACUACUGCCGCCGUUGCAAGUCUCACAAGCCUGUGGCCAUGGAGGACCCAGACCUCCUGGCCAGGAGUGUUGGUGUUGACACCCAAGGCAUGCCUGCCAUCGAGCUCAACCCAUUGAGUGCCAGCUCCUGCAACAACCUGAACCAACCGGAGCCCAGCAAGACCUCAGUUCCAAAUGAGCUUGUCACAUUUGCACCCAACUCCAAGCAACGACCAGUGGUCUGCAGUGUCCCCCCCAGACUCCCGCCAGCUGCUGUCCCUUCCCACCCUGACAAUGAGCCCAUCAUCAAGAGAACCUGGUCCGGUGAGGAGAUGGUGUACCCUGGCGGAGCUGCAGUCUGGCCCCCUACUUACUCCAGGAACGAACGCUGGGAAUACCCGCACUCCGAAGUGACCCAUGGCCCUCUGCCACCCUCGACUCACCGCCACUCAACCCCAGUCGUGAUGCCAGAGCCCGCUGGCCUCUAUGGGGGCUUCCCCUUCCCCCUGGAGAUGGAAAAUAAGCGGGCACCUCUCCCGCCUCGUUACAGCAACCAGAACCUGGAAGAUCUGAUGCCCUCUCGGCCCCCAAGUCCCCGGGAGCGCCUGCUUGCCCCCUGUCUCAAUGAAUACACGGCCAUCAGCUACUACCACUCACAGUUCCGGCAGGGAGGGGGAGGACCGAGCCUGGCAGAGGGGGGCUACAAGGGGAUGAGUAUGCGCCUCAGCCGAGCUGGGCCCUCUUAUGCUGUCUGUGAGGUGGAGGGGGCACCUCUUGCAGGCCAGGGCCAGCCCCGGGUGCCCCCUAACUAUGAGGGCUCUGAUAUGGUGGAGAGCGAUUAUGGGAGCUGUGAAGAGGUCAUGUUCUAGCUUCCCAUUCCCAGAGCAAGGCAGUUGGGAGGCCAAGGACUGGACUUGGUUCUUUCUUCCUGUCUCGUAGAGGGUGAGUUGAGUGUGGCUGGGAAGGUGGGAGGGAAGCCACCACCCCCAGCCCAGGCUGCUGUCCCUUGAAAUGUGCUUUUCUGGUCCCCCAGUUAGUCCCUGAGAGUGGAAGGAAGCUGAGGCUAGAGCUCCAGAAACAGCACUAGGGCCCCAGGGAAGAGGCAUGCGUACAGCAGGGACCCUGGAAGACCAGGAACAAUUGACUCCCAGGGUGGGCGAGAGACGGCGGUCUUCCUGACCUGCCAUCUCUCAGCCCCCAGGGAUGAGCCUGAUCUACUG